AUGGGUAGCGAAGAGGAGGAGGACGAACGUAGGGCCGUGGUCGUUCAAGCGGUGGCAACUUGUGUGGCAGCGGUUGGAGAAUACUGCCGAGCUUACAUGUUUAAACAACCGACACGUUUUGGGGAUGAUGAGCGGGCAAGGUUCAUCAACUCGAUUAUUCGGGCCACUGAUCGGGACUGUGUUACCCAACUCAGGAUGAGUCGAGAAGCAUUUUUCUUACUAUGUUCUCAACUCCGUGAGAAGACACUUCUUCGUGAUAGUCGAAACGUCAGUCUUGAAGAACAAGUCGUUAUUUUUCUUCAUACGGUGAGCUAUAAUGUUCGCAAUCGUGUCAUAGGACAUCGUUUCAUUCGUUCGGGCGAAACGGUUAGCCGGCAUUUUCAUCGCGUUCUUGAUGCGGUGGUAUCACUGUACCCUGUUUACGUGAAACAGGCCGGACAAGAGCCACCCACCGACCUCCAAACAAAUCAAAAUUGGGCUUCAUAUUUCCAGGACUAUGUUGGUGCAAUUGACGGUACACAUAUUCCAACGCAUGUUCCAGCACCCGAUCAUGCUUGCUUCCGAAACCGAAAAGGGGCUUUGUCCCAAAAUGUUCUUGCAGCCUGCUCAUUUGAUAUGAAAAUAUUGUAUCUGUUAGCCAGUUGGGAAGGUUCUGCAUCAGACGCGAGGGUGCUACACAAUGCAUUGACUCAAACCGAUGAUCCUUUGACGGUCCCAAAUGGAAAAUUUUACAUAGUCGAUGCUAGAUAUGCCCAUUCGCCAGGAUUUAUGGCUCCUUACCGCGGUGUUCGAUACCAUUUGCAAGAGUAUCGAAGUGGCAGAGCACCGUCGAACAUGAGGGAGCUGUUUAAUUAUCGUCAUGCCCAGGUGUGGAAUGCAAUUGAACGUUGUUUUGGCUUAGUGAAGGGUAGAUUUUCGAUACUGAAGACAGCGAUCCAAUAUGCAUUUGAAACACAAGUGAAAGUGGUCAUUGCUUGCUUUGUCUUACAUAAUUUCAUUCGAUCUGAUAUUGAUUGCGGUGAAGAUCUACACGCUGCUGGUAUAUCAGUAGGCGAGGUGGAGGGUGAAAUGUCGGACAAUUGUCUAUCUGAUACAUCCACACCUAUACAGUCGCCCGUUCGGUCCCCUGCUAUACCUACGCGAUGUUCACCGCGAGAAAAGACAGUCAAAUCCCUUGCAGAACCCCUCUUCCGGGUAGCAAAGAGCAAGUGGAGCUCUCAAAUGGAUCAGGUUUUAUGUAACAAAUUAUUGAAACAAAUCGCGCUGGGAAGGAAAGCCGACAAUAGCUUCAGAAGAGAAGCAUAUCAAGUUGCGGCCGAGCAAGUGACAAGACAAACAGGGGUGCCUGUCACCUGGCAGAACGUACAAAACAGACUCCGAUAUCACAAAAGAGAGUACAAUGUUGUCAGGGACAUGCUUGCUGCUAGUGGAUUCGGCUGGGACAAUGAGCGUAUGGUGGUAACUGCGCCAGAUGAAGUAUGGGAAGAGUAUCUCAAGUCACACCCACGCGCUGCAAGACUAAGGGGCAAGAGGAUCGAGAGAAUGGAUGACCUAGGGGUUAUCGUCGGCUCUAAUCAAGCGACCGGACGUUAUGUAAAGGGAUCCAUGACAAUGGCUGCAUCGUCAUCUAGGAUUAAUCGAGAUCUGAAUGAGACUUGGACGGAGUUAGAUGACGAUCUUGACGAUCAUGUUGACCUCUCUGAUGAUACGUUAGGGGAUUCUAUAGGGACCAUGCGUGGUCAAUUUUCCUCGGACACACCGAGCAUGCCAAAUCGAUGCUAUCGCGGCACUCCCACUCAGACAUCUGCUACAAAUCAUGGCCGCAGUGGGAGUGGGAGUAGCACCAAAAAACGACAACGCCCACCUUGA